GAGAGAGAGAAUGGUUUUCAUAGGACAGCAGCUAUGGAGUAGCUCGAAACAGGAUUUUCAGGUAAAACACAGACCAGUCUGGUGUUUUCACACUGUUAAGACCAUAUAAAGUGCAAACAAGAGAUUAGGGUCAUUAUGUCGUGAUCAUAUAGUUGCUGUUAAAGAAUUACAUUCCUGUCAAAGGCGACAAACCCACCAGUGAAGCAACUGAUUCUACGUCAGAUUCCCAGCUGCUUAACCACUGGAAACAGCGAUGAAGUGAAACUUGUCAGUGCCUCUUCAGUGCUAUUCGAACAUGGAUGUUCAAGCAUGUUGCCUUUUCAUCGCGAUUUGAAGUGUUCUCUGAUUCAAACUAAUAGUUUUUGGAACUGAAACCAGCGUCUUUAAGCCUGAAAAGGCCUACUGUGAUGACAUCUUAGGCCGAUUUCUGGUGCUCAACAUGGCCGCUGUGGUUCAGCAGACCGAAGGCGCCUGGGAUGGCGCAAGCAAACAAGAAGACGACUCUUUGCAGUUGGAAGAUCCAUCCACUUUCCCAGCUGUAAUUGUGGAGCAAAUGCCACAUAGCCACCUGCUCAAUUAUUCGGGUCUGACUUGCGAUCAGCCAUUAAGACUGGGUUUGGAGCGAGAUCCUGUGGAUGAUAUGACACAGCUGACAGUGGAAGCUUAUCAGAGUGGACAUGAAGAUGCCAUGAUGGAGAGUGCAGAAGCUGCUGAAGCCCUGAUGAACAUUGAUUCCUCCACUACUCUUUCACUGGAUGAGAAACAGAUCCCUCAAAUGUUGUUUUUGACGUCGUCUCUGGUAGAAGGUAACCAGUUUUUAACGGAUGGUGUUGUCGGACAGCAACAGUGGCUCCACCUUCAAAAAGGGUCUCUACCAGAAGACAAACCAAAGGCUAAAAAGGGUAGAAGGCCUAAACGACCAAGAGCACAUUCUCCAAUGCCUGACAUAACUAUUAAGAAGAGCAAGGACAGCAAAGGAAAUACAUUGUACCUUUGGGAGUUUUUGAUUGCUUUGCUGCAGGACAAGAACGCUUGUCCCAGAUACAUCAAGUGGACCAAUUGGGAAAAGGGCAUAUUCAAGCUUGUAGACUCCAAAGCUGUGUCACAGUUAUGGGGCAAGCACAAAAACAAACCGGACAUGAACUAUGAAACAAUGGGAAGAGCACUUCGAUACUACUAUCAGCGUGGUAUCCUGAAUAAAGUUGAGGGUCAGAGACUGGUGUAUCAGUUUGCAGAGAUGCCAAAAAACAUUGUCUACAUCGGUGACGAUAAUGACGGCCCUGGUGGCAAUAAUAUCAUUUCAAACGAGGAUGAUGAUCACUCCAGUGAGGCAUCCAUCAAUGAACUAACAUCCUUAAACUUCACCCCUCCCCCCCAAUCCAAAUCGUUCCCUUCCAAAACGCUUCCUAUGAGCACCAAAGUCCGUAGAGCUGUCAAUGGAGGUCAGCGUAAGCCAGUUAACAACCCCAGUGUUGAGGUUACCGGAGCCACCAAACCAUCUCGAUCGUUAGGUCUGAUCCAGCAACAGCAUCUACCCAUUGUUUCUGCAGAGAUGAUUAAAACGCUUCAGAAUGUCCAGUCCAUCCAGCCAGGCCAGCACGGGUCGGUUUUCCGCACGGCUCAGCUAUUAGAAAGCCUUCGUGACCAGCAAGAGACCACCGAGGUCAGGCAGGAGCAGUUGGAGGUUCAUCCAGAGGGCCAGGCACCUCAUAUCGUCACGCUCCAACUGGUACCCGUGUCUUCCACUGAAGAAGGAAUGGAUGGAUCUGUAUCUUCUCAGUUCAUCAUGCAAGCUAUUCCAGAGACCAUGCCAGACGAGGUAACCCUCGUAGUACAGGAUGUCACCUUGGACAGGGCUGCUUCUGAUCCUUGCCAAGAAGUUGUCAAGAAAGAAAGCGAAGAAACCGCCAUCUCUAGUUCUGCAUCAAGUAGUGCCUCAGUAGUGACAUUUGCUGGAGGGCAGCAGUUGGUUUCUCAACCUUCUGGUACUGUUAUCCAUUCUGUAGUCACUGCAACGGAACCAAAGAUCUCAGGUCAAAUAAGUGACCCAGACCCCAGAGAGGUCUGUGAAGCUCCUGGAAGCUUCCACGAUGUCCCACAAAGUCCAGACAUGGAUACGAAGAACAUCUCAGAAAUAAAGGUGGAGCCGUUAAGCGUGGUCAUCCUUAAUGACUCGUGGGUGGGUUACACUUCCAACGAAACCACAGAGUUAUCAGGCUAGACUGAAACCUUAUUUUGUCCAAUGCCAUUAAAGCCUUACUCAUCACAUUCCUUUGGGACUUGCACAUGCACUGGAAUUUACAAGCACUCCUUCUUCUUUCUUUAUCUCUUAUUUGUUUGCACCAGCUUUGCCUUGCUAUGUUAUGCUAUGCAAAGAUUAUUUUUUAGGAGGACCAAUGAUUCUUAUGCAGCUUAUUCUGACCUUAAAUACUAUUUUCCUUACUUAAGUGCCCUAAAUCACGUACUGCAAUGUUGUUCCUCAGGGUUCUUCUCGGACACAACCGGUCAUGUGUCAAUAAUGUCGCCAUGUAAUGGAAAGCCAACUGCAACCACUUUUUAUCAUUCACAGGAGAGAUAGGAAGGACUUAGUGAUAUCUCAUGGAUGGUGAUGGUCAAAUCAAUUAGUGAUACUGUAUGUGAUGCCUGUCUCCUUGGUCAAGAUGCACAAGGGUAGAUGUAGUAAAUGACGGUGGUCUUAUGACCACCAUUAAAUCGGUAUUUUACAAGCAUCCUUCAUUCAUAAAUAACCUUAUUCAUACCCGGAUCAAAUGUGUGAGUUGGCUAUAUGUUAACAAAAGAUGCUGUAUUUUUUAUUGACCAAAUAAAUUUUGUUGCUAAAAAGCUAUAUGUUUGUUUUAAAAGCUGAUCCUGUGCUGUUGACUGUAUUGAUGUUAAUGUUGUUUGAGAAAUAAAUAUAUACGUGACCACAAGGAAUCUAAAA